CGACGGACGGCCCAGCCGACGAGCAUCGCGGCCAGGGAGGGGCAGGCGGCUAUCAAAGGGCCACCGGGGCAUUGUCCGCCGGGGACCAGGGACUGCUACCUCACUUUGUCUUUUGCUUCUUCGAACAGGCCUUUUGUCAUCUCGACGGCCGACUCCAAAACAGAGAGCUACGACAUUGUCCAAGCAUAUCAACACCAAGAGCACUAAUAGCACCAUGGCAGCAGCCUUUGACGUCAAGGCCACCCGGGCAAAGUUCCCUGCCCUCAGCAAUGGCGGCCAGGUCUACCUCGACAACGCCGGUGGCAGCCAGACCUUGGAGUCUGUCAUUGGCUCCGUCCGAGACUACCUCGCGGCAACAAAUGUCCAGCUCGGGGCCACCUACAAUGUCUCUGAGCUGUCGACAAAGGCGUACGCGGACGGCUUCCGCGCCGGCGCGAGGUACGUCAACGCCGCCAGCGAGGACGAGAUUGUCUACGGCUCCUCGACGACCCAGCUCUUCCGCAACCUCUCGUACGCCCUCGACUUUAACGAGGGCGACGACAUUGUCGUCUCGAGCGUCGACCACGAGGCCAACAUAGCCCCCUGGGUCGACCUCGCCCGCCGCCAGAAGCUCAACCUCAAGUGGUGGACGCCCGAGAAGUCGUCCAACCCGCGCCUCACGCCAGAGUCCCUCGGGCCCUUGCUCACCCCGCGCACCCGCCUCGUGACGUGCACCCACACGAGCAACAUCCUCGGCACCAUCACCGACGUCGCCGCCAUCGCCUCUCUGAUCCGCGACGGCAGCAGCAGCCCGUGCCUGCAGGCCCUGCUCUGCGUCGACGCCGUGGCGUACGCCCCGCACCGCCAGAUCGACGUCAAGGCCCUCGGGGUCGACUUCUACGCCUUUUCGUGGUACAAGGUCUACGGGCCGCACAUUGCCAUGCUUUACGCCAACAGCAGAAGCAGCGGCAGCGGUCCCAGCGCCCUCGACAGAGUCCGCAGCUUGGGCCACUUCUUCAACCCGAGCGACACGCUGUCCCAGAAACUCGGGCUCGCGGGUGGGAGCUAUGAGCUCGUCCAGGCGAUCCCCAAGGUCGCCGAGUAUCUCGCGUCGUCUGCUGGUGGUGGUGGUGGUGGCGGCGGCGGCAGCUUGUGGGAAGGCGUGGUAGGCCAGGAGCACCAGCUCCAGCAGAAGCUCCUGGCCUACCUGGCCAGCAAGCCCGACGUCUUCACCGUGUACGGCGAGCCGUCGGCGGACCCGAAGCUGCGGGUGCCCACGAUCAGCUUCGGCGUGCAAGGGUGGGACCCCAAGGACUUUGUCGAGACCGCGGAGCGAGGCACAGAGUUUGGCUUCCGCUGGGGCCAUUUCUACUCAAAGAGGCUCGUGGAUGACAUUCUUGGGCUCGGUGCCAACGGCGUCGUCAGAGUGAGCAUGGUUCACUACAACACAGUUGAGGAGGUCGAAGGCCUCAUCGCUGUAUUGGAUAAAGCUGUCGCCAGCCGAUAGAGCCAAAUAGAUCCUCUUUCGUCAAAGUACAUCACCUGUGUAUUACAUCCUUGCUGUAUGCGCAGCAAUUCAGACCUAGAUUCAUGGUGAUCCGCAGUCGACCUGUACAAGUAUAGAGCUUGGAACGGAUGAUUCAUGGCAGGGUGUAGAUGUUUGACAUGUUCGAGCCAGAUUCUCCGUGUCUCAGUAAAGGCUGAAAGCGAGUCGAAUUUCGGUCUUGAGCAGAGACGUCACGAAUAGAAUCCUCAGACAACUGCCAGUAUCCAUGAGGUGGCACUCUCCAAAUCGUGUGAGACGUACUACACUCAUGAACCACU